GUUACAUCUCAUUUGAGAGCAAUAGUUACUCAUGUCACAUCUCCGUCAAUUGCAAUUGAAUCUAUUGUUGGUGGAAUUUCCUUUCAAAAACAGGAUCGGAUUCUCAAGCAGCAUAAACCGGAUAUUAUUGUCGCCACACCUGGUCGACUUUGGGAAUUUAUCCAAGCAGGGCACGAGCAUUUAAUCUCAAUGCCUCGUACUCUCGUUGGCGUUGUAUUUGAUGAAGCUGAUCGUCUGGUUGAAUCUCAACACUUCGUCGAAUUGGGCUCCAUUUUGAAGUUCCUCAGAGAUAAACGUCCAGAGGAUAUGAAACGUCAGACCUUUGUAUUCUCUGCUACCCUCACCUUCGUUCACAACAACGCCAUGCUUCCAGGCUCUAAUUCUAAGAAGUUAAUGAAGAAUCUAUCGAAUGGAAAGAAAAUGGACAUUAUUUCAAAAUUGGGCAAGUUCGCUUUCAUUACGAGGUGUUUAUUACGCGAUAUGCUGGGCCUAUCGGCCAAGGCAAAAGUCGUUGAUCUCUCUUCAUCUGAAUUCACGGAAAACCAAAAAAAUUCAUCUACUGAGCGUCAGCAACAAUCUGGAGAGGCACCAAAGACGGGUGUUCUUUUACCUUCAAGUCUCUCAGAAUAUCGUCUGAUUUGCCAGGAUCAAGUUGAUAAAGAUGCUCUUCUAGUUUGGCUCCUAAUGGCUGCGAGGUUGACCAAUCCUGGCAGAGCACUGAUUUUUAUAAACAGUAAAUCGGGUGCUCGUCGAUUAUCGGGUGUUCUGCGUCAAUGUCCUGAAAUAUCAUCAAAAUUGGGUCUGUUGCAUGCGGAUAUGAUGCAGAAACAGCGAUUAAGGUCGUUGGAAAGGUUCCAAGCCAGCGAGGAGGCCGUUAUCUUAGCAACUGAUGUUGCAGCAAGAGGUUUGGAUUUCGCUUCGUGUCCCGUGUCCUGGGUCAUUCAUUUUGACAUUCCACGAACUGCGGAAACCUACAUUCAUAGAAGUGGUCGGACAGCUCGAGCGAAUCGUCCAGGUAGAAGCGUUGUGCUGAUCGCUCCUGGAGAUAUUGUACAUUGGCGCAAAUUGGCAAAAAAUCUACGGCAUUUACCCAUAGAUAAAGGGAUUCCCGAUUUGCCUGAUUUGCUGGAGCCUCUUCCCACCGUGGAGGACCUAAACCGCUUUAGAUCUAUAACCCACUUGAUGCGUCAGAUGGAUGAAAUCCAACACUCGGCAUCCAAGAAGGAUGCUGAUCGUGAUUGGCUCGUUCGAACUGCGCGCGAAGCUGAUGUGGACAUUGAUUCGGAUCUGGGAAUCUCGAGCGAUGACGAAGAAGGUGGGCCUAAACGAAAGCCAGCUAAACAAAUCGCCGCGAAAUCCCUCAAUUCACUUAAACACGAGUUAUCUUCUCUGUUGCAUUCCUGGAAGCAAAGUACAAAUCGAAAGGAAAAGAAAAACCAGAAAUUAUUCUACAGAUCGAAGAAGUGUUUCAUAUCUCAAGACUUUACAGCGUAG